CUGAGCUUUCUUUUCUAGCAGCCCGUUUUAAGUCAGAUUAGCAUUUAGCUAACGAGUUAUUCGUACACUGAUCACAAACAGCACAGCCGCUCCAGUAGCUUUAGUCGGAGUUAACCGGUGUGAACGCCACGGUUUAUUUAGUUUAGUCAGCUGUAUUUAUUUUUUUAUUUUAAACCAACUCGUUAAGUAUUACUUUAUCACUGGUAUCGUGUUGAACUCGACGCCACUUUGUGGUAAAAUGUCCCAGUCAGCUGCUGUGCCUUCGUCAGAGCUACGUGAGAGCCUUCAGGUGUCCAGUCUAACGCUGCUGGUCCUCGUGCUGAUUCCCUGUGUCGUUCUGCUGCUGCUGUUAAACUGCCUGUUGCUGGGAUACAAAUUGCUUCUGUUCGCGAGGAGAAAGAGCGCGCGCUACAGUUCUGAGAGCGUGCUCUUGCGGUCGUCGUCGCCGCUGUCCGCGCGCCAAAGAACCGCGCGUUUUACCGACGACCCGUCGUUCGGGCCGGUACGGAAAACCAAACCCGCGUCCGUUUCAGAGCCGAUGUUGGCGGCACCGCCGAUCACAUCGUCCCUCACUUCAUCCGCAGAGCGUGUGGCUGCGUGCGGGCAGCGCUGCAGGUCGGAGGCUCUCGCGCGGCCGGACGAGGCUACCUAUGCGGGCUCAGGGUCGCUCUGGGUGCCGAGCACGUUGCUGCGCGGCUCGCGCGCUUGGCGAAGGAGUGCCCCGGUGCUUUUACAGUCCAGCGACUCGGAAAUGGAGCGCGAGAAUGUCGCACCGCCAAAUUCUCCAGAACAGCUCGUGACUCAGAGCAGGCACGGUUCAUUACCUGUGAUGAUGCGCAGAAGUAGCAGCGUAGAGCUGGAGCUGGUCUCUCUCGAUAAGGUCCACAUGGAAGGCGAACUUGUCAGCAGCAUCCCACAGGAGACCUCGUGCUUCAUAGCAUCCGCAAGCUCCUCAGCUGCCGGGCCUGGCCUGGACAGUGACUUCGGUGCCAGUGCAGGUGUGUCUUUGCGUAUCCUGUCGGCGGACAGUGACGGGUUUCCAGGGGCAACAUGGGCAUCUGGUCUUGAAUGGGAUUAUUAUGACCCUAGUUACAUCACGCAGAACCACGUUCCCAAACACAGACACUACGCACCACCCAUCACAACCAAACAGUACUGGGUCUAACAUGCAUUGCUCUCCAGACUGUAGCCGAAGAACUCUAAAGUUGUAAGCUCUUUGACACACAGACCCCCAACACAUUAUCCACACGUAUACUUACACAGUUUACUUUCCUGAACUGCAGUAUUUGUUUUGGUUUUUGUUUGCUGAGGAAAAAAAAAAUCACCCACUUGUUUGUGUUUAAUGACAUGUAUUUAAUAUGCAUUUGUCUUCCACUGUAUGCACUCGUCAUAUGUUAUUGGUUUGUAUGUAUUUUGUGAUUCACUAGAUCAAGCUCCUGUAGUUUGGGCCUUAGAGCACAUUAACACAAGCACUUUCUUACAAAACUUUAUUUUUGCAUUGACCAGUUGCCACUGUGUUCAUCACCUUCAAUUUAUUUUAUUGUCUAAAUAAAACAUUUUAUAUUACUGA